AUGCACCAACACCCUCGACCGUCGCCGGUUACGGCUUCCCCAGCAAACUCUCCACGAACAAAUCCCACACGGACCAAUAACCCUAGAGAAGAGCUUCCGAUGGGAUCAAGAGCAAGCUCAGGCAGGGGUACACCGAGUGAGCAAGGAAUUGGAGUAGGCGAAGGAGCGGACGCAAUACUACGGGACCCAGAGAGCGCCAGUCAAGGCAAAGACUCGGUUGCCAAAUUAAAUCAGGUCGUUCAGAACUACUUUACGAAAUCUGCCUUGACUAUCCUCGAUUCCCGGGUUUCUCUGCCGCAGGCAUAUUCAAAAGACUCUACGGUCAAGAGGGUGAACAAAUGGUUCAAUGUCGAGAUCAACGAGACCGAUAUCCUCCGAAAUGACGUUCGCCUUUGGCGAAGCUGCGACGCUGUUAGCCAUCGACCUCCACCAAUGAUUAUCGAAUUAUAUAUCGAUGCGCAAGAUCUUACGAAUCAUCAAAGUCUGGUGAUUAUUGAUGAGCAAGGGAGACGAUGGGACGUAGAAGAGGCGCUGAACAAGUCCCCCUCUUCGUCAGCCGGGGCCAGUGUUCAAUCUUCGCGACCUGAAGUUGUCAUUGAGAGAUGGGUCAUACAACUUGGACAGUCUUCAGGGGAUAUCCCGCAGGACUUGAGCACCAAUAACCCUCGCACCUACAAAAAUACUGUUGUGCUCUUACGAUCGCUCUACUCCGUUUCUAGGCUUCUUCCUGCCUGGAAAAUUGGCAAAAGGUCGUCUAAGACCGGCUCAGCUCCCAAAUUGCCAAAACUCAAAUAUCGUAUCACGCAAGGUCCUCAAUCCGAACAAGAAUCCAAGAAUGAUCACUUGGCAAUACCUCUGUUCAAAAGUGAUGAUGAGGUCCUCGAUACAUUCGUGUUCGAGCCCAUCGAUUCUCCUGCUGGAUCCUUUCGUCUCCAGGUUUCAUAUCGAACCCAGUGCGACUUUCGCGUUGACAACUCAGAAGCGUUUCUGAGCUCCAGGUUCAUGGGCAUGGACGACCAGUACUUUGAGCCCUCUCUUGGACGUAGGGAAGACCCUAACAAACAACGAAAGGAUUACGCUGUUCGCACCGCUACUGAAGCAGCUGGCUCGUUACCUCACAACAGGCGAGACAGUAUCCCGCGUCCCGAUCAAGGCCAAGCGUAUGGUAGCAUGUCGACUUUUCACCAACCUGGCCCACCUACGAGCUCGAGUCCAUUAUCUGCUCUCCGUGCUGCACAAAUUGCGCGUUCUGAAUCCCCCGAGGAUACGGUAUCCAGGAGAGGACCACCAAAUACGCGAUCAGCGCAAGGAUCUAGGUCGUCUCUCCGCUCCGCUGACGGUGGCCCCGGAGUGGGUAGGAGACCAUCUGUAUCUUUCAUGCCUUUCAAGAGUCCCUCGUUGUCUGCCUCGCCUUCUCAGGCCGAGCAGCUGAUGACCUCAAUUCCACGAGGAUCCUUGGGGAAAGCGUCACCUCUGGCUGCUUUGGCGGAGGCCAGAGCGCCUUCAACUCUUGGACCAUACGGUUCGGUUCCCUCACGAGGUUCACCAAAUGCAGCAGAUGUCCCGUCUUCGAUAUCCAGUUCGCCGAAGCCUGGUCCUCCGCACAGAUAUAGCAGCAGUUUUGGACACAGGAAAGCUAAAUUGUCCAUUGGCGGUAGCAGCAGGACAGAAGAUGACAACAGCAGUGGGAAAGCCAGCUUAACUUCUUCUAACGCCCAACCUGGAUCUGGUGUCUUGGCCGAAGGUGGAGGCGCCAGCUCGGGCUCCAUCCCGACAGAUGAUGAUAAUAUCUCUGAUUUCCUCAAAUUGUUGGAUCAGAAAAAGGAUCUGAAAAGCUUCAGGCAUUCCAACGAUCAGGCUGCAACUGAAGCCUCGACGAGGCGGACUAGCGCUGCCUUGAAUAAGUUUCAGCGUAUGAGAGACUCGAACGAUGCUUUAUAUAGCUCAAUGUCGUCUUCUCAUCUGUUGCAUCGUUCAUCAUCAUCCUCAAGCCGUCAAUUGUCAAGCGUACCGCCAAUGGUAGCCGGAACCUCAAUAUCCCCAUCAUCAUCACCGGGGAAGCCCAUCUCCCCACACACGCCUCAUACGCCUGCUGUCCCUUCAAGAUUAAGCGCUAACAGUACCAUCGAGUAUCCUCAUCGUGUCCCUAGUCGGGGUGAAGAGCGCCGUCCACGCCCUGCUGCCACGGAUGGUGCUCGGGACGCUCGAAGUAAUCGAGAUUCAAGUACUGGAGCAAUUGACAUCCCAAAUUCUCCACGACCGUUCCAGCCUAGCUAUCGACGGUCGAGCUCGGCCGCGCAGCAAGCCCGAAAUAUGCCAUAUGAAGACGAUGAGAUUUUCCCUUUCGGGAUGCGCAGUGCGAGUCUUGGCGUCGAUGACCGGCCGCCAGUCAGCCUCGGCGCCCUCGCUGGCAUGCAUGAGGGCGACGUGCCCGACGAAUCCGCCGUGGCAGUGCCGAGUGUCGAAACCCGCGAAUCCGCUUUUGGAUCUCCUUUCGAUGCCGAAAGGGGCAAUCGACCACAGCCUUCGUCAUUUGAGCACCGCGAGGAAGCUGGCUCCUUGCAAACUCGCGCCGCACCCUACCGUCCUCGUAUCGGUAGGGGAAGUGGAAGGGGCACCCCCCCGCAGAACUCCGCGUCUAGUCUCGCUGAGCGAGGGAGUGUUAGUGGAAGCUCAGAUCAUCGUGGUAGCAGAUCUAGCUUUCCUCGACCUCCGAGCAAUUUUGAGGAUGAAGAGCCGCUACUCUUUGCCAUGAGUGACUUUGGCGCUACUCAGCAAUCACAUCGAAGUCUGGAAGAGAACCGAGGUGGGGAGAGAGGCAGCAGUGAUUCGGGGGCAUCGUCGAGGAAAGGGAGCAGGAGAGGUGGAUACUGA